AGAGAGCGCAAAGUUGCACGCUGCAGGAUCCUUAAAGUGUUGAAUGAACCCUGCUCACCAGGUGAACCCACCCUUACACCUCAUGCUCACAUCCUGGGUUGUUGGACUAAAUCCCAGGUGGCACACUGGCAGAGAAGCCACAGCUUUGAGGCUGUGAUUGUGGCUGUGUGACCAGCUGACUGUCCGCUGGAAUCCAAAUAAGAUCGGAGUUGCCAGCGUCGAGAGCCACUUGAUAUUCUGUGUAGGAUAUUUAGAGAAAUUGAAGGAAGGCUCCUUCCAUUAGUUCUUAUGGAGGAGACUGGAGGAGGCUUAGGAAGACUUAAUGUGCGAGCGGCUUCUCGUCAAGUGCUCUUCUCACGGCUGGCUUACAGUCACAUUGGAGGAAUAAUUACACAGGGAUCCGGAGUUCUGAGGGGGGUGAUUUGUUAAAUGAAAAACUCUUUUUAUUUUUUCUUUAUUUUUUUUUUUCAUCCCGGGGAUUAAAGCGAUCUGAAGUUACAGACCGUGGCUUGUAAGAACGAGAAGGAUUUUCUCCUGUUAUGCCAUACACACAGAGGAGGGAGCUGGGAGCUUAUAAAUGAAUAAGCUGUCAGGUGCAGAGACAGUAGCAGCUCUUUGAGACUCACCGCUGAUGUCGGUCAGGUAACACAUGUCAAAAUGGCCUCAUGCCCGCCCUGGUGCGUCCCACCCUGCCUGCUGCCGUCCAGACCUCCCUGGGCAUGAAGCAGUUUCUGCCAUUUCCACUUGAAACGGCCUCGGCGGUCAGCCUCUUCCCAGGAUUCAACACGAUGGACCCGGUGCAGAAAGCUGUCCUCCAUCACACCCUCGGCCUCCCUCCCACCGCCAAGAGGAAGCACGUCUCCUGCAGCGUUUGCCAGCUGAGGUUCAACUCACAGAGCCAGGCCUUGGCCCACUACAAGGGGACCAAACAUGCCAAGAAGCUAAAAGCCCUGGAUGCUCCGAAGAGUAAGCUCAAAGGCUCAGUGGUCACCAAGGAAACCACCAACCAGGAGAUCGCCAAGGGUAUCAACACCUCGCAGGUCCCCAAUGGCACCGACAGGAAAGAUGGCGUCCUCCCCGGUGCUGUUCCACUACCGCUCUCCCCUGUGCUCAGACUGGCACAACCCUUGGCAACCCCUACAAUGCCGACGCCGGCGCCUGCGGCCUCGCCGAUAGUCCCGAGCAGCACGGCAGCCACAGCCCCAGAGACUACCUCAGCUGCCGGAGGGGACGAGAGGCAAUCAAAGCUCAACGCACCCUCAGAACCAGACCUGGAGCCCGAGGCCGAACCCGAGGCGGAGACGGACGCGGAAACAGAGGAGGAGAAAGCUCGGCGUCUUUUGUACUGCUCGCUCUGCAAGGUGGCGGUCAACUCGGCGUCACAGCUGGAGGCCCACAACAGCGGUACGAAGCACAAGACGAUGCUCGAGGCCAGGAGCGGCGUGGGCUCCAUCAAGUCCUUCCCCCGGCCGGGAGUCAAAAGCAAACUGGCUACGUCCACCAAAUCGUCGACGGGCCUGCAGAACAAAACGUUUUACUGUGAGACGUGUGAUGUGCAUGUCAACUCCGAGACUCAGCUAAAACAGCACAUCAGCAGCCGGCGUCAUAAAGACCGGGCAGCGGGUAAACCGGCCAAACCUAAAUACAGCCCCUACAGCAAGCCGCAGAAAGGCCAGACCAAGCAGCCGAUAAAGCUGACCUUGGGAAAGGAGCGCCAGUGUCAGCAUCUGUCCGCCCAGAUCAUACCUGCUCACUUGGCAGCAGUGGCAGCAGCCGCCGCCGCCGCCAUCGGCAACUCUUUCACGCACCGCACGAACCACGCCACUAACCACGCCCCGACCACUGCCCUCUUCCAGACACAGACCCUCCCCGCUGCCCUGCUCCGCCCGGCCCCUGGGCCUGUCAGGACCUCCCACCCACAGGUCCUAUUUGCCCCUUAUUGACCUGUUGUUUGACCUGGGCGGAGCUGCCCCACCUCCCGUCAAGGACCAAACCAUGUGCUUCACCCACACCAGGCCAAGGAGUCGUGUCAGUACCUGUACUCCUUCUAUGCAUCCAGGAUACUGAACAUCUUCACACCGAGAUCAAACCUCUCACCUGUCCUCAUAUGGAUUAUCCUGCAUUCAAAGCUAGACUGGAUGACGAGCAUUGGGCGCUUUCUGGUGAUGGAUUUAUUUCUCUAAUCCCACUGAAACCUGGACAGUACAUGCUUUCUGUGCCAUCCUGCAGCCCGUGGCUCACACCCAGACCCCAGACUUGGACCUACAUUGUACCGCAAUAAUGUAUAAGACUAACCCCGUGAACUAUGCAGUGUCAUUAUUUCAUGAUGUAAGGCACAGUUUGAGCUAAAAAUACGGUAGGGAUGUGCUUUUUGUAAAGAUACAGCGUGGCACUAAGAUCAUUGCUUUAGUGGAGGAUUACUGUCGCUCAUAAUUUAAAAGGCUGUUACUGAUCAUAAGAGCGAGCAAAGCCCUCCUCUGUUCCUGUAUGCACUUUAAGCCCCUCCUCUGUUGAUGUCUACAUUAGAUGGCUAGACUGUGUUAGAUGGUUAGAGUAUGUGUCGUAAUGUGUGUUUUUGUAUUCGUCCUUGCAUUAUCUGUGUGUGUGUGUGUGUGUGUGUGUGUGUGUGUGUGUGUGUGUGUGUGCGUGAGAGAGCUUCCCAUCCACCAUAAGCCAUCCCAGUCGAUAUCCAGCACACAUUGUCACUGAUCAUGUCUCAGGCCAGAGGGACCACAAAGGCUUGUGUAUAUUAACUGUCAGUGUGUAAAAGGUGAACAAUUUCAAAUAAAAAGAGUCCUAAUUUGUUAA